GUGGCCGGGGCCAUGCGGCGAGCGGCGGCUCUGGUGCUGCUGGCGGCGGCGCUGAGCGGCGGGGCCGCUGCUCGGGGCUGCCCCGCACAGAGCCUGGGCUGCAAGUGCGGGGCCGAGCGGCCCAAAGCGGCCGGAGGCUCCGGCGCGGCCCGGAGGAGGGUGGUCUGCAGCGGGGGGGGGCUCCCGGCGCCGCCCGAGCCGCACCUCCUGCCCGACGGCACCGCCACGCUGCUGCUGAGUAACAACAAGAUCACAGUGCUGGAAAACGGCUCCUUCUUCGGGCUGCGGGCUCUGGAGAAGCUGGACCUCAAGAACAACCUGAUCAGCACGGUUCAGCCGGGUGCCUUCCUUGGCCUCCCUGAGCUCAAGCGCCUGGACCUCUCCAACAACCGCAUCGGCUGUUUGAGCGCCAGCGUCUUCCAGGGGCUCCCCAACCUGCUCCGGCUGAACAUGUCCGGGAACAUCUUCUCCAGCCUCCCUCCGGGCGUCUUCGACGAGCUCCCCUCUUUGAAAGUCGUUGACUUUGCCACCGAGUACCUGACGUGCGACUGCAACCUGCGCUGGGUGCUGGGCUGGGCGCGGGGCCGCGCCGCGCACAUCUCGGAGCGCACCGUGUGCGCGUACCCGCGGCACCUCCUGGCGCUGCCGCUGCGCGGCGCACACGAGGCGCAGCUCCGCUGCGUGGGAGCCCCGGAGCUGCACACGCACCACCUCAUCCCGUCGCUGCGCCAGGUGGUUUUCCAAGGAGACCGGUUGCCUUUCCAAUGCACCGCGACCUACCUGGAUAACAGCACCCAGAUCCGGUGGUACCACAACAGGGAGCCCGUGGAGGAGGAUGAGAGGACGGGGGUGAUCGUGGAGGAGAGUCUCAUCCAUGACUGCACCUUCAUCACCAGCGAGCUCAUCCUCUCCAACAUCCAUGUCUCUGCCAAUGGCGAGUGGGAAUGCUCGGUCUCCACCUCCCAGGGCAACGUCAGCAAGAAGGUGGAGAUUGUGGUGCUGGAAACCUCUGCAUCCUACUGCCCUGCUGAGCGGGUCACCAACAACCGCGGGGACUUCAGGUGGCCCCGCACCCUGGCAGGGAUCACUGCCUACCAGCCCUGCCUGCAGCACCCAUUCGGUGCGGGGCCGGUGGGUGCGGGUUCCCCGGUGGAGAAGCAGGCUUGGAGACGCUGUGACCGCGCCGGGCGCUGGGACCAUGGUGACUAUUCCCAUUGCCUCUACACCAACGACAUCACCCGUGUCCUCUACACCUUCGUGCUGAUGCCCAUCAAUGCCUCCAACGCCCUGACCCUGGCUCACCAGCUCCGUGUCUACACAGCCGAAGCAGCCAACUUCUCAGACAUGGUUGAUGUCCUCUACGUGGCGCAGAUGAUAGAGAAGUUCAUCGGCUACGUGGACCAGAUCAAGCAGCUGACGGACGUGAUCGUGGAGAUGGCCAGUAACAUCAUGCUGGUGGACGACCACAUCCUGUGGAUGUCGCAGAAGGAGGAGAAGGCUUGUACCAGCAUCGUGCGCUCCCUGGAGCGGAUCGCAGCACACACGCUCAGCACCAACUCUCAGCACAUGGCGGUGAACUCUCGUAACAUUGCCUUCGAGGCGUACGUGGUGAAGCCUGAGCGCUAUGUGGGGCUGAGCUGUGUGGCCUUCCAGCGGCGCGAUGAGGCCGCGGGCGAGCGGGGCCCCGAGGCGCUGCCCGAGCAGCAGCUGCGCCUGCGCUGCACCACCGGCCGCCCCAACGUGUCCCUUGCCAGCUUCCACAUCAAGAACAGCAUCGCCCUGGCCUCCAUCCAGCUGCCCCCCAGCCUCUUCGCCAGCCCCACGGCCGCUGCCCCAUUGGGGGACUGCAAGCUCCAACUGCUGGUGUUCCGUAAUGGGAAACUCUUCUGCAGCACCGGCAACUCCUCCCGCCUGGCUGAUGAUGGCAAGCGCCGCAGUGUGGCUACACCGGUCAUCUAUGCUGGCACCUAUGGCUGCGGAGUAGGGAACCUAUCGGAGCCGGUGGCCGUGUCCCUGCGGCACCCAGGGGAGGGCGCAGACCCGGUGGCCGCAUACUGGAACUUCGAGGUGCUGGGGGGCAUGGGGGGCUGGAGCGCUGAGGGAUGCCAGCUGGCAGCCCAGGAGCCCAACGUCACCUCCCUGCACUGCCGGCACCUCAGCAACGUGGCUGUGCUCAUGGAGCUGAGCGGCUUCCCCAGCGAGGCCCAGGGCGCCGUGGAGGUGCUGCACCCAGCCAUGUACACCUGCACCGCCGUGCUGCUGCUCUGCCUCUUCACCACCAUCAUCACCUACAUCGUGAACCACGGCACCAUCCUCAUCCCACGGAAGGGCUGGCACAUGCUGCUUAACCUCUGCUUCCACAUCGCCAUGACCGCCGCUGUCUUUGCGGGUGGCAUCACCCUCACCGGGUACCUGAUUGUGUGCCAAGCGGUUGGCAUCAUCUUGCACUAUUCCUCCCUCUCCACCCUGCUGUGGAUGGCAGUGAAAGCCAGAGUGCUCUAUAAGGAGGUGACAUGGAAGGUACCACGGCAGCCGGAUGGGGACAUGUCCCAGCCAGCCCCCAGACCCAUGCUGCGGUUCUAUCUGAUCGCUGGUGGGAUCCCCCUCAUCAUCUGUGGCAUCACGGCAGCCGUCAACAUCCACAACUACCACGACAACAACCCCUACUGCUGGCUGGUGUGGCGGCCCAGCCUGGGGGCUUUCUAUGUCCCAGUGGCCUUCAUCCUGCUCAUCACCUGGAUCUACUUCCUCUGUGCUGGGCUCAGCCUCCAGUGCCGACCUUCCCAUCGCAAGGACAUCCCGGAGCCACUGGAACCACCACCACGACUGGGGGGUACCAGUGACCUCCUGACGGACUCCGGCUCCAUCUCGGUCACCCUCAACUCGGGUCCCCCCUGCCCUGAAGGGGAUGGGGUCUACUCCCUGGAGGUGCAGUUCUGGGCGCUGGUGAUCACCCAUGCCUUGUAUGUGGCCCUAUGGACCUUCGGUGCCAUGGCCGUGUCCCAGCGCUGGUACCUGAGCAUCGUCUUCAGCUGCCUCUAUGGGGUCACUGCCGUGGCGCUGGGACUCUUCAUCUUCAUCCAUCACUGCAUCCGGCGCCGGGAUGUCCUCAACUCCUGGUUCUCCUGCUGUCCUUCCUAUAGGAACGCGCUGCCCAUGCAGGCGUAUGUGCACCCGGGGCUGGCACCGGAGCACGGCUCACAGGUCUUCAUCAGCUGUGACCCCGAAGCUGCUCGCUCCAGGGCAUCCUCCUCCUCCUCACCCAGCAGCGCCGGCUCGGCCGGGGGCCGCUGCAAGCUCACCAACCUGCAGGUAGCCCAGAGCCAUGCGGAUGCUCGCCCUGCCACCGGCCCAGAGCCGGAUCCCAAUGAUGGGAAACCCAAUACCAGACCCCCCAGCAACCUGCACGGGCGCAGGGGCCACCGGGGCAGGACUAAGCAGUGCCGGGAUGGGAAGCACCAUCGCUUGAAAGCACUGCGGGGCCCCUCGGAGCAUCCCUCGAGUGAGAGUGGGAGCAUCCACAACAGCCACUCCGAGAGCUACCCCAGCAGCAGGACCAGCCCCGUGAGCAGUGCCCGCACGGCCCUACGGGGACAGCAGGAUGGGGAUGUGGGUCCCAGCCCCUCGGAAGGCAGCGAUGGGGGAAGGAGGGUGCCGGAGUUCACUGAUGCUCGCCGGAGGAGCACCAGCAGGGAUAACCUGCGCCAAGCCGAGAAGGAGGCCAAGCGCCGGUCCUACCCGCUCAAUGUGGCCAGCCACAAUGGGGGCCUCAAGGGCAGCAAGUAUGACAUCAACCUGGCUGGUGCUGAUGGUGGUGCUGGGAUGAAGACCGGGCUCUGGAAGAGCGAAACCACCGUGUAAAGGGGGGGAAGGACCCCAUGGAUGUGGUGUUUUCCCCCAGGAAUUGCCCCGUGCACUAUGGGGAUGGUCGGGGGCUCCGGUUCACUCUGGCUAUGGGGUGAUGCUGGGACCCCCAUAUCCCACCCCUGAGGAGGCUCAAAGCUUCCCAUGGGGUACAGGGGCACAAGGCGCAAGGCAAUCCCUGCUCUGCAGCAGUGCUUCCAUCACUCCUGCAUGUCACUUGGGACUGAUCCUAAAGGCUAUUUUAUUAUACAGAGGAAGAGAGAAGAAAGGUCUAUUUUUCAAAGCUAUAUUAUUGAAUGUAUAUAUGUACAGACAGGUCAGGGAGUGAUGCAAGUGCCUCCGUUACCGACCAGUGUUCUCCGGGAGCAGGCAUGGCCACAGCCUGCUCCUGCCACGACUGCAAUAUUCCCCCUGAUGGGACCACACCAAGUGCCCUUUAUGGACAGAGACGAUGCUUGUGCGACCCCAACCUGAGGAAGCUGCUUUGGAGGGGGUCAAAGAGCGACUUCUCUGUCUGAAAUGGUUCCCCAUGCAAAGGGGUUUGGGCCAGCGCUGAGCCCUGUGGGUUAGGCCAAAGUUAAAGCCAUAUUGCAAAGCACAAGGUAAGAGGAGCCUCAGCUCCAAGGUGAGGCCAUUGUCUGCACUGUGUUAAUGCCAGACACUAAAACCACAGCCAGAAAAGGCUCUCAAGCCCUCGAGGGGAGGCAUAAGCUAUGCAAUGGGGUGGGCUGGCAGAGCCAACACCGACCCUUCUCCACCAAAGCACCAAGGAGCUGAGCCCCAGAGCAGGUCCUGGUCCUUAACCAGGGUGCAUGCUCAUUGGGUUUGCUCUUAGGAAGGCAGAGGAACCCUCGGUU